UCAGGAUGCCAGUGCAGUAUGUGAUUGAGGAGUGGGACUUCAGAGAUCUGACACUGAAGCUGAGGCCCCCUGUCUUCAUACCACGCCCAGAGACAGAGGAGCUGGUGAGCCUAGUGCUAGCAGACCUCCAGGUGAAGCAGGCUAGCAGUGUGACCAGCAUGCAAUGCCUGGAAGUGGGCUGUGGCUCUGGGGCUAUCUCCCUCAGUCUGCUCCAUAGCCUCCCCCAGCUCAGAGCGGUUGCCGUGGACAAAAGUCAGGAAGCGGUGUGUCUGACCCGAGAAAACGCUCACAGGCUGGGGCUUCAAGACAGAUUAGAGCUUCACCAUCUGGAUGUGACUGGAGACGCAGAGGUGGUCCUGAGGGAGUGUGGUCCUGUGGAUGCCCUGGUCAGUAACCCUCCUUACCUGUUCUCCCAGGACAUGGCAUCCCUGGAGCCUGAGAUCCUCAGGUUUGAGGACCCUGCUGCUUUGGACGGGGGAGCAGAUGGGAUGCAGGUGAUCCAGCAGAUACUGGAUCUGGCUCCACACCUCCUAACAGACAGGGGCCGUGUGUAUCUGGAGGUAGACCCUCGCCACCCUGAACUUAUCCAGCAGCGCGUAGUAGAGCAGAGGAUAGCAGGACUACAGUACCUUCAGACACAUUAUGACAUCACCAGCAGGCCACGUUUCUGUGUUCUGCAGAAGAAAAGCUGAGACCUGAACACAGAAGAGACAGAGGAAGAGGCCGUUUUUGUCUAGUAAAAGACAGGAGAACAUCAGAAUGAUCAUAGAAAGAGUGCUGGGUGCUGAUCACUGAUGCAGUUCCAGCUGUCUGCCCAACAGGGACCGAUCCAAGAUGGCUGUUCCCAACGCUCCGUCUAACACCAGCUGAAGGUGCCCAGAGCCUCAUACUUUGUGCCCGGGGAGCGUAAUCUGUAUGUAUCCUGAGGAUACGUGGACUGUGAAGCCAAAGAAGUGACCCAGAGACAGACUGCCAGCUCCUCCCUCAGGGAAGGCCCACCUCUCCACCCUUGCCUGGGAGAGGGAGUUGAAUUUCACUGGCUGCCUGCCAGCCUACACCGCCCCCUCCCCCCACCCUCCCCACCUCCACACU